GCCAAGAUGGACGGCUCCUGGUCUGCGGUUGUUGUGGUUGCUCUCUUCAAGUAGACGUCCUCAAAAUGAAUAUGAUGCCCGCCACUAAAGCGAUUUUGAAAAGUAAACACUGCAUUCGGGGUUCAUUUACCAUCCUGAGAGCGGCUCUCGCCAAAAUGCCUAUCCAGCGUGUGCCGCUAGUCUUGUUAGCCUGCGGCUCCUUCAAUCCCAUCACCAACCAGCAUAUGAGGCUAUUUGAGCUGGCCAGAGACCAUCUGCACAGCACAGGCCAGUACCAGGUGGUGGGUGGCAUCGUGUCUCCUGUGAGUGACAGCUACGGGAAGCAAGGCCUGGCGCUGGCAAAGCACAGGAUUGCUAUGGCGAGGAUCGCGCUGCAGAGCUCAAACUGGGUCACCGUCGACGAAUGGGAGAGCCAGCAGCCUGACUGGACUGAAACGGUGGUCACCAUGAGGUAUCAUUAUGGUCGUAUACUGAAGGAAUAUGAAGAGAGGUCACAUGACGACUCCAAUGGAAGCAGCCACCCCUCUCAAAGUUCUCCUCCUCAGCUCAAGCUGCUCUGUGGAGCGGAUUUCCUGGACACCUUCAACAAACCAGGCCUGUGGCAGGACGAGCACAUGGAGGAAGUGGUCGGGCGCUUCGGUCUGGUGUGCGUCAGCCGCGGGGGUCUGCAGCCCGAGCAGGUGGUGCACGAAUCGGACACACUCUGGCGCCACAGACGGAACAUCUUCCAGGUGAAAGAGUGGGUGAGGAAUGAGACCAGCGCUACAGAGGUCAGACGGGCUCUCCGCCGGGGAACCAGCGUCAAAUACCUCAUCCCAGACUCUGUGAUAGAAUACAUCCAGCAGAACGACCUCUACACCGAGGACAGCGAGAGGAGAAAUGAGGGCAUGGCUUUGAGGCCGCUCGCCAGGGAGGCACAUCAACCAGCGGAGAGUCUGGACGACUGACACGGAUCGAUGCUUGUCUUCAAAGACGAGGGAUUGAGUUCCACCAGCUGAUGAUGCACCAGCUCUACAUGCUCACAGAGGCCUCGCUGGGCAUUAGGAGUCCAGCACUUGAGCCUCGAUCACUGUGGACAUUCUGCAAGGAGGAACGCUUCUGAGCAGGCUCCUCAGGUAGGAGAGCGUCUGCGUGACUGAAAUGAGUGCAACGGCCCUGAGUUCCCCCCUUGAAGUAAGAAUUCAAUCACACAUCGAUGCUUCUCCUUUAGUCGGGGAGAUUUACUUUACUCUCUACUUGCACAAAAGCUGCCAACAAAACCGAUCCUGUCCGUCUUCCUCUGGACUUAUCUUUAUCUCCUAAAUGUUGCCUUUUUUUGCGUGGGGGAAGUUAUAAAUGAUGUAUUGAAA